GGUGACGCGCUGAGGGCGGGGCUCUGGGUGCGGCCGAGACAAGAUGGAGGCUCUGUCGGGUCCUGAGCAGCUGGAGGAUACGGCCUACGCCGGGGCCCUGCUCCGGGAACUCAAGUCCUUCUACGACGCGCGGCUGCUAGUGGACGUGACGUUGGAGGUGGACGGCGGGAGCCGCUUCCUGUGCAACCGGAACGUGUUGGCGGCCGCUAGCCCCUACUUCAGGAGCAUGUUCACGGGCGGCCUGUUCGAGAGCAAGCAGCAGAGCGUCACCAUCCACGACGUGGACUCGGACUCGAUGGCCCUCAUCAUUGACUACUGCUACACGGGCCGCGUCACCGUGUGCGAGGCCAGCGUGCAGAAGCUUUACGUGGCCGCCAACAUGCUGCAGCUCGAUUACGUGCGGCAAGCCUGCGCUGCCUUCAUGGCGCGGCGCCUCGACCUCUACAACUGCGCCGGCAUCUUAAAGUUUGCAGAUGCUUUUGACAAUGUGGAACUGAAAGAGAAGGCACUUGCCUUCAUCGCUCGUAACCUGCAGCAUUUGUGCAGAACAGAAGAGUUGUGUGAACUUUCGCUGGAACAGAUUAAGGAGAUCCUAAAGCUGGAUACACUGGAUAUCGACAGUGAGAGGAAAGUGUGCACCGUGGCAAUUCAGUGGAUUGAAUCAAAUAUCAGUGAGCGUGCUGCAUAUGCGCUUGAAGUGUUGAAGUCUGUAAGGUGGCAUCAUUUCAGUGAGAAAGACAGACUGUACAUCAAUACACUUAAAUCUCAGCUGUUUGUCAAAAACAAAUCUCUUAGUUCUAUUUUGCAUGACCUUUCACUUCCCAAAGCUGUUGAUUUAUCCACCAAUAUGCAUAACUCUUCAAAGAGGGUUGGAUUUAGUGCUAAGGAGAUGGUUAUUUUUUUUGGCCAUCGAAAGGAGCCUUUCCUGUGUUAUGAUCCAUAUUCUGGUGACAUAUAUGCAAUGUCUUCACCUUUGACUAGUCCAGCUCUUACAAAGUCCAUCAGUUCACUCGCUGUCUGUGUUUCGCCAGACAAUGACGUCUUUUUGGCAGCACAACCAAGUAAACAACUAUGGGUAUAUAAUGCCGUUCAGAAUAGCUGGCAACAACUUGCAGAGCGACUGCUGGCAAGAGAAGGUAUGGAUGUUGCCUAUUUGAAUGGAUACAUUUACAUCCUAGGCGGUCGAGACCCAUCUACGGACCUGAAAGUUAAAGAGGUUGAGUGUUACAGUAUUCAGAGAAACCAGUGGAUUUUUGUGGCCUCCUUGCCUCAUGCAUUGCACUCAUUUGAGCUGAUUACAGUUGGAGACUGCUUGUAUGCAGUUAAUAAUAAGAGGAUGUUGUGCUAUGUGCCAGAGAGAAAUCAGUGGCUGAAUUGUGCUUCCUUAAAGCGGAGUGAGUUCCAGGAAGCUUGUGUUUUCAAUGAUGAAAUUUAUUGUAUUUGUGACAUCCCGGUCAUUAAGGUUUACAACCCUUCGAAGGGUGAGUGGCGAAAGAUCAGUGAUAUCCCCAUCGAUGCUAAUACCCACAAUUUUCAAAUUGUUUGUCAUGGCAACAAACUGCUUCUCAUAACCACUAUAGUCCCACAGUGGAGGAAGAACAGAGUGACUGUUCAUCAGUAUGAUGUAAAUGGUGAUCAGUGGGUCAACGUUGGUACAAUGUUGGGUUUGUUACACUAUGACAGUGACUUCAUAUGCCUUUCAGCACGUCUGUACCCUUCAUGCUUGGAUCCCGGACAGAGUUUUAUUAGCGAGGAUGAUGAUAUCCGGAGCGAGUCAAGUGCAGAUUGGGAUUUUGAAGGAUCGAGUGAUAUUGACUCGGAGUCGGGAAGCUCCAGUUCAUUUUCAGAUGAUGAUUGGCAGCCGCCAGGAGGACUAAGAGUUGAAAGAAUACAGCAAAAUGGUCAUUCAGUACCUCCAGAUAAUAGAGUUCCUCAUAUGAACGGUCAGAUUGGGAACUAACAGGCUCUAUUUUAAACGGUCAUUAAUGGGGAAAAAAGUCAAAAAUAGUGAAAAGUAACUAGUAUUUUUUUUGGAUUGUUGCAGAUAUGGUAGUUUUUGGCAAAUACAGACAAUUAUAUUUUUUGCAGUACAUGUUAGUGUCUUUGGAAGAACUGGAAAAAUAAAAAUUGCAUUGAAAUUGA